CAAUUCCCUCCCCCGCCGUCAAGCUCAUCAGUGAAGCGGUGAUAGAUUAAAGACGCCUUGAAGUUUACAUUCACUGACUUCAGUUUCAACACUGCGCAACGUCAGCCGUUUAAACUGCUGUUAAUACUAAGCAAGUGUCUGGUAUUUACAUUCUGCAAAAACGUAUAUCCAGGUGAUGGAAAAGCCUUACAUCUUAGCCACUGCUCCUGGUCAUGCUGAUGGGAUCCAUAAGCGCUUUGAAACCAUUGUGGAGAAGCACUUCACCCUCGUCUCCUCUGGCGAGUUCACCAAGAGCAGAGAGCGCUUUGCAGACAAGAUCCAAGCAGUGUUCAUGUGGAAUGCUCUACCUGAGAUCGACAGGGAUCUCCUGCGCUCCCUACCUAACCUGAAGGUGGUGGUCAAUGGAGGGGUAGGGGUUGACCAUCUUGACAUCCCUCUCAUCAACAGCUUUGGGGUAAAAGUGACCAACACCCCACAUAUUGUUGAUAAUGCUACUGCGGACUUAGGCAUGGCCUUGAUGCUGGCAUCAGCCCGCAAGCUUAUAGAGGGUUACACAUUUUCUCUUUACCACGAGACAAAGCAUCUCCCAAAGGUUGCCCUCGGCAUCGAUGUUAGCGGUGCUACUCUCGGCAUCAUUGGAAUGGGCAGGAUUGGAUAUAAGGUUGCUCAAAGAGCUCACGGAUUUGAAAUGAAAAUCUUAUAUCACAACCGCAGUCGGAGGAAAGUAGAGGAGGAGAGAGCUGUGGAAGCGCAUUACUGUGAGAAGAUGGACGAGCUGCUGCAAAAGUCUGAUUUUGUCAUGCUAGUGGUAAACCUGUCACCACAGACACACAAAUUGAUAGGGGCCAGGGAGCUGAGCCUGAUGAAGCCCACCAGCACACUCAUCAACAUCAGCAGAGGCUUGGUGGUGGACCAGGAUGCCCUGGUAGAUGCGCUUCAGAAAGGAGUGAUUGGAGCUGCAGCUCUGGAUGUCACUUACCCUGAACCUCUGCCAAGAGAUCACCCCUUGCUCGGGCUUGAGAAUGUCAUUGUGCUGCCGCACAUGGGAACCCAUACUUUUGAGACAACCCAGAAGAUGGUGGAGAGAAUGGUCACUAAUGCCCUGGCUGUCCUCAGCGGAAACUCAGCCCCUGAUGAGAUGCAGUCAUAAUGCCAGGGGUGGGAAGGGUUCUGCGUUGGAUCUGGAGUUUCAGGAACCCAACACUCAAGAACUGGACCUGCCUAGCACAGCACUGGAAAUAACCUGACACUGUGUUCUUCUUGUACUGUAACUAUGCAAGUUCUCUGGGAGUUGGAGAACAGGCCUGUCUACAAUCACAUGUAUCUCAUCAGUUAUAGAUGUGUUAUAGACAUGUUAUAGAUGUGUAAUGGACACAACUGUUCACCUGAGCACAACUGUGGGUGGCUCCCUUGUUAUUGGUAGUUAAAGCUGAUUUCAGGAUGGUUUCAACAGUUGUGAAAAUCUCAAAGGAUAAAAUGACUCUAUGACAUUGCCUGAAAGCACAGUGAAAUCCUAAUAAUAGUAUGUUUUUUUUUCUGUUUCUCUCUCAUACAGGUUUUAUGCUUAUGGUUUUAAAUAAUAAUCCUAGUGUAAAAAGGUUAACAUAAAUUUAAAGAUAAACUACAAAUUGGAAUGACUAAUAUCUGUGUGUUUAAAAAAUUAAGAUUCAUUCAUAUUUUACAUGAAAUGUAUAGUAUGUAUGUGCAAAGUCACAGCGUCUCUAUUCAGGAGUUGACGCUCUUGAGUAAAGUAAUAACAGUGUGGUGCAAGCACUUGUUGGGUGCAUUAAGAUUUCAGUUUUCCUCUUUGUCGAAUUCCUGGGAAAUUAUGCAGGAACAAAUGUUGUCCACUAGAGGGGAGUCUGAGCCACUUGUACACAAUUGUAGACCGUCUGAUUCCGUACAUUCGCUUUUACUUUUCUAAUGAUUUUCUAUGCUAUUCAUACUCUUCGCAAUACAUUUUGUCUUUUACUUUGGUUUAUCUGUAUGUCUAACGUGCACCUGAAGAUUAUAUACUUUAUUUCCACAAAAUACCUCAGAUUAAAUUCUAUGUCAAUAAUUUAUUAUUAUAACAUAUUAUAACAUCACCAAAAAUGUUAGGAUAUUUUCUUAAAUGUACAUUGUAAAUCAACAUAAAUAAAAAUGUUAAAACUUU